CGUUGUUUUUGUUGUUGCUGUCAAAACCUUAACACUCACAACUCUGGUCCGUUUGAAAAAAUAUAACUUUUUUUUAAAUUAGAAGCAUACAAAUUUUCUAGAAAUGCCGGAGGGCGGGGAAUUGCACGAAAGGACCCUCUUUGAAUUAUUCGUCUACACAGAAUGGAAACAAGAACAAGAUAAUUUGAAACACGAGAAAACGACUUCUCAACUGCCUUCAAGUCUAUUUGGUUACUUUAAAAGCAACAUAGAAUGGCCUUCCAAAGCUUUUUACAAUCAUAUUUAUUUACAACUCCCUUGGCAAAUUUCUUUGAGCCAUGAUGGCACGUUGGUUGCCAUUUUACAAGACAGCACUUUGGAAAUACGAACAGCCAAAGAUGAAUUCAUGGUGGCAGUUGGCAGAACAGGAGUCCGUAAAGAUAGUCUUCCACAGCUACGGAAGAUGUGCUGGAGCCCAGAUAAUUUGAUGAUUGCGGUUGGAUUUAGCCAUGGCGUUGUUGAUAUUUAUGAUGUUUACAGCAAUCAUCUAUGUAAAUUUCCUUCACCAGAGGAAAAAUUUUCUCAGCUCAGUAGUAAAAAAGUUGGAGCUCGUUUCUUCAUUGCAGGCCUUGAAUUUAUUAGCAAACAACAUUCAAAACAGGAAUGGGAUUUGGAGUUGAUUGUUGUGUAUUCAGAUGGUACAAUAAAUUCAUAUCAAAUGGUCUCUUUUGAAAAAUGUCCACUGAACCACCGAGCUAGUCUGGAGAGAUCGGAAGUUUCUUGCGCUGUCUACAGUCAUAGACACAACCUUAUUUUUAUUGCCACAGAACCUGAGUUUGCCAGUAAGAUGUAUAAGAACACUAGCUUAGCAGCUGGAUUAAGUGCUUGGAGCAAAAUAAAUGAAAGCCCUUAUUACAGGCAAGUUUUUCCGACUGAGGAUGAAUUAAAACUAUUUAAAACAUCAAACAAGCGGCUUUGGACUUACUUCCAGACAUACAAAAAUAUUGAAACUGCAGUGAAAUUGAAAAUAUCACAAACUGAUCGAUAUCUCGCUUCUUUACAUCCUUGUGGGACUAUAUGCAUUUGGUCAAUACCUGGUUUGAGGCUGUACCAAAAAUGGUCUCCUAUGGAUUUAAAUAUAAAUCAUCCCGUAAGUUGGGACAGUAGUUUUUCAAUCCCGAUUGAUGUUGAGUGGCACACCGAAGAGGAAAUAAUCGUUUCAAGAAAGGAUGGUACGAUUUUAAUUCAUAAAAUUAAUGACUUUGAUGUAGUGUUUGGAUCACAGCAAGACCCUUCAAACGGACACCCAAGGUUAUCAGCUAUUCCUUCUUUUCCCGGUUUUCUUGCCCUCGAAUGUGAGCUGAUUUCUCUCCCAGUAACACCACAGGAAUCAGCCCAGGAAGAUGUCGACGGGUCUAUUGUAAAUUCAAGUUCAGAUUUAUUACAAUCGACCAUAUAUAUGCUAACGGAUUUAGAAAAAUAUCAGCCAAGGAAAAAAGCCACUAAAAAUGUACAGAACAUCUACAGACUGCUGGGAGUGAAAAACACAACUCCCGAAGAAUUAUUUUACAGGAAGCUUAGUAAUAAUGAGUUUGAUCAGGCGCUUCUCUUGGCACUUGAAUAUGGCAUUAAUCAAGAUAUAGUUUACCAGGAACAGUGGAAAACUAGUUUCGUUUCUGCAAAUUCCAUUGAAUUAUAUUUGGAUAAAGUUACAGAUAAACAGUGGGUACUAAAUGAAUGCCUAAAUAGAGUAGCUGAAACUCUAGAAGGAGCUUCUGCAUUAUUAGAUUACGGGUUUAAAUUAACAAAGUUUGAGGAUGUUUUUAAAGUUCAGUCAGAACAAAUUGAGCUUAGCUUAGAAGCCCUUAAGAGCGCCAAAGGCUUAACAGAGUAUGAAAAACAGGCUGUGUCUGCAAGAAUUACUAUAUGCGGUUAUGAGGAUAAAUUAAAUACUUACAAGAUGAUUAUUGGUAAAUCUGAAGCAGAGGACAAUUAUAACUGUAACGAAUUUGAGAUAUUUCGAAAGCAAACUUAUGUUGAUUCAGCUAUCAAUUUUGCAAGGGCAGGCAAUGGCAGUGCUGUCGAAAUUCUCAUGAAUUUCCACUGCGACGAAAUAAGGCCUUUCUGGCUUAUUAUUUUGAAUAAUUUUCCAGAGACAAUAAAUCCUUCUAUGUAUAGCAAUAUUCUACCUCAAUGUGAUGGCGAAGGAAAUCCAAUAAUAAGAAAUAAAACUGUAUCACAGAAACACGAUUGGACUAGUCAUGAAUUUUUCAGGGAUUUUCAUGAACCAGUCAAUCUGAAUGUACUAGCUCAGAGGUUGGGAGAACCAUGUUUAAGUUUCAGUGGUAAAGUGUUUACUGAAUGGUAUAUAUUCAGAGCAUUACAUAUUGAAGAGCUGUGCCAAAUAGUAGAUAAUGCCAUCCAGCUUUUAGUAUUAGGAAAACAACGAAAUAUUCAGGGCUUAGAUGAUUUACACUCUAAUAUGACAACGCUAGAAGCUUUAGUAUAUGACCUUGAAAUAGACAUUUCAUACAAGGAGUUUUCGCAACUUUCCUCUUUAGAAAAAGCAACGUUGUUUAUGAAAAAUACCAGCGAUGCCAUAUUUGUGCCUAAAAUGAUUAAAUAUGUGUUUCCAUUUUUUGAAAGAAUAGAGCACAAAUUCCCUGGAGAGAAAUUGAACCUACUUUCCAGUUUUAUAAUCCACACAAGCCAAACAAGUCUACAAUCCUCAAUUAAUUUCUUUUAUUAUAUAAUUGAAGGAAAUCUAAAAAUCCUUGGAACACCAGAAGAACUCAUAGAUUUGUUAACUGAUUGCCUUUAUAAAUAUGAAGAGGCUGACAAAUUUUCAGAAUCCUUGGAACUUCUCGAUAAUAUUAUUGAAUGGGCUUCUCGUCUCUCUGCUCAUUCAAGCAAGGAAAAGAUAUUGAGCAGAUUGUCAGAAUUAAGAAAUGAAGUUUUUGCUGCUGAAAAAUUGCACCAAUACCACAUAUCAUUGCCACUCGAAGAAAUUCACAACAUUAAAAAUGAUGAAGAGUCAAUUAAGAAUAUUAUAGAACAGAUGGCUGAAAGUUCCAGAGACGGAUGGCAUGAACUAUUACAUGAAGAAUUACAAACAUACUUUCAGCAUGCAUUAAUGCUUCAAAGUAUAAUUUUCAAUGCACUUCCAGUGGAAAUGUUCUAUGAGGUUUACAUCAGAGCUCUGUUGAAUUCAGGAAUUCCUACAUGUAUAGAAUUGGCGUCGACUGUUUUGUGUUGUCGUCAUGAUAAUGAACAUGAAAAAAACAUUUCUUAUGAAAGAAGUGUACAACUGGUAUUGGAGUCAGCCAAAAAAUAUUUCAAUUCAGCUCUUCAAUACAAUGACAGUAAUAUGAGUCUUGCUAGGUCUUGCUUAUAUAUUAUAAAAGAUGAGAAUGAAGCUAUAAAAGAAGAGCUUGAUUUAAUAAGAGCACUGAGAUAUUUGUAUGAUUUAAAAAUCGAUUUAAUUCCUUUACAAGUUCGUGAAUCAGAAGAUAAAUUCAAAUGGAUUCAUAGAGCAAUUUACAAAAAUAAAAAAAUAUAUAAAAAUCCUCAACCUAUAUACAAAUUGGCAGCAGCUUUGAAAUUAUUCGGGGACGACAGGCUCAAAAGACAAAUAGUAAUAACAACCUUACUUGCUGAAGUGUCAUUUGAAAAUAAUGAUUUUGUUUACUGUUCAGAAUUUUGUUUUGAUUUAAUUAAAUGGAACAGUUCCGCUGGUUGGAAAAUAUGUUUGCACUUAGGACAGUGUGAGAAGUACACAGCUGUAGCAGAAAAGCUCGAACUUUUAUUGUUUGCAUCAAUACACUGCCCUUCUAGCUAUCUGCAAGAAAUAAUAAAAGCACGUAAAACGUUGCUGUUAGAAGCUGUCACUGGUACUCCUAAGCUUCCUGGAAACAAACCAAAUCAGCCUGAAUGUGAUAUACAAAUAGAGGAAAAUGAUGGAGUUUACUUAUUAAAUUCAGUCGACAAGUGUUAUUCUUUUUUUUUAAAUCACUAUGAUAAAUGUAAAUUACAUAAGCCCCUCCAUUUUAAGUUUAAAAGCAAUGAAAUAAAUAGAAAUUUGAUGCAUACAAAUUACUUAUUCUACUCCAUGCUUCAUAAAACCUGCUUGCCUGAUAGUUGUACACCUCAGACUGAAUUCCAUCUGCCUAAUAAUUCUGCCGAAAUGGCUAAAAAAAUGCCUUUGAGUUUGUUGAUGGAUUUGAACGGGUACAAUCAAGAUCAUCUAUUGAAAGAAGUUAUUAUUGGCUGCAGCCUGAAAUACAUUACAGAGAGUACAUUAUUAUCUCUUGGCUAUUUGUUAUCCCUCUUGGAUCCAGAAGACAGCGAGGAAUUUUUUAUGAAUAUUCCAGAGUCACCGUUUACAUUUCAGCUUGCUAUUUAUUUCUAUUCAUUGAGCUCUCUUUCAUACAUGGGAGACCAUCCUGUCUUAUCCACACCUCAGGAAGUAGUUACAUGGGUGAACAGCCAGGACAGCAAAGAUAUAAAAUACAUAGAUUUAAUUACUAAACAUCGGACAAGAUAUGCAAAUUAUAAGCAAGCUCAACAAGUAGUUAACUUGCAAUGUGGAGUUAACUCAGAGCGAUUUAUGAAUGAUGCUGAUUACAGGAGAGAUACUAUUCUCGGACUGGCAAUGAGCUGUGAUAAACUUAGCCUUGCAAUAAACUUGGCAAUUGAAAACAACCUUCCAGUUGCAGAAGUUGCCGUAACACAUAUAUCGUCUUUAAUAUUUGAAAACGAUGAGGACUCUUUAUCGAUUUCAUUAAACAACGAAAAGUUUUCUUCGAUAUUAAAAAUGGAAUCAGAUGUUAUAAGACAGAGAUUGAUAUCUCUACUGCCAAGCAUGGAUGGGUUUAACUAUCAAAAAUUAAUGAUGUUGUUCAGUGUUUUGAAAGAGUUAGACAACCAUUAUCCUAUACAUUCUCUCACUCCUUCAGAACACAUCGAUUUGCUGGCUAAAAUAGCUGAUUUGUUGCCAGAUCUGGACUAUAGAGAUCUAAUCGAGAAUCACAGCCGGCUACUAGAAGCUCUCAAAGAGAGUUUGAAUUACAAUGAAAACGAUUUCUUGAAACUGAUCAAGGCUUUAAAGAAAAUUAUUACAACUGAUAUUUAUAAUUUUAAUGACAGUGACAUAUUUUUGGAAUUAGUGAUUCAAGAAUUCAAAGAAAAGUGCCUUUCCAAGAAAUCUUCCUUAAAUUGGAUGUCUCAGUAUGAGAAAAUAUUUCCUUAUUUAUCUAAAAUUGACAGUAGCCAGUUGAAGACAUUUGUCGAUGAAACCGUUUGCUCGAAGGAGGCCGCACUUGCUUUGGAAUCUAAAGAUAGAAUUGACGCCCUGAAUCUUCUUUUAGAGUGGUGCAUAGAAGCAAAUGUUGUCAGAGAAAAUAUGGAUGACAUAUUAGAAGCAGUCUGUGGUAAAAUUAAUAAUUUGAAGAAGAUUUGGGAUUAUAAUACGACUGGCGUUAGUAGCACAGUUAACUCCUCGAAUAUGAAAAAAUAUUUUGCGUUGUUAGAACAUUCUAAAAAUGAAGAGACUAACAUGGAAUUACUGAUUGAUUGCAUUUUAUGCCCAUCCGUGUCUAAAGAAGAAAUAAAGAAGUUUUACAAAAUAUCAGGGAUUGCUCUUCCUCUUGAGUUCAUAAUUUGCUCGUUACCUAAAAAACACCCAACAAAAUUUGAUAUUAUAAUGCGCCGUAUACUAGAGAUUGGCGCAGAGAAUCCCGAGAGCAAUUCUUUUUCAGCGAAUGAUUGGGAAGAAGAGGAAAUUGAGUUCUCAGAUAAGGAGAUAUUUCCAUCUGAAUCAUUUAGUGAAGAAGAUUCUUGUUCUUAUGAUUAUGGGCUCGCUGAGACUGAAAAGUCUGACAGUUUAGAAGAUAAUAAAUGUUCCACGGAUAAAACAAAACUUAAAAUCGAUUUCUCAACAUUAUCGACAGAUUUAAAGAAGUCGACAGAUCCUAAGGAAAUGCUUGAACUGUACACAUCCUUUGUUUCAUCUGAUAUAAGCGAUGAAGAAAGAACUGAUGGAAUUUUGUUGCUGUUAAAGAGUUUGCUUCCUUUAGCGAGUUUUAUGAAAUACCAGUGUUGCAAAGAAAUUAUCACACCACCAUUAAAUAGCGAAAGACUGACAGAAUUUGUGAUGGAAAAUUACAAUAAUGAUUUCAUAUUCACCAUUUGGAUAUGUUUAUGUUCUGAUAUUCCUCAUUUAAUAUCAUUCAGUGAAGAACUCCUCCAAAAUAUUGAGGUCAGUCAUAUGAAAUUAUACUUCCAGUCUGUUAAUAAUGACUCAACCCAGUUAUUGACAACUCACCUAGUAGAAUCUCUGAAAUUUGGAGAAAUGCUCAAUGAAAUGGAUGCCAGUGAUCCAUCUUUUAACUUUAAGACGCUGACAAAAGUUUUGUUUGAAAGUGGUUUUAUAACAGAAGCAAAAUUUUUAAGGAUGAAGAAGGCUGACAAUAUCCCAGAAUCAUUGAUUUCAUUCCACAGCACUUUAGAAUGAUAAACUUUCGAACAUUGACAAUUAGCGGAUUUAAGGUGUAAACUGAGUAACUUGUGCAAUUUUUUUUUUAAAGCAUUUUUCGAACCAAAUUUAUUAAAGAAGAUGAAACAUGAAAAAAAUAACAAAUGAAUACUGAUUUAAUAAGAAAAUGUUGUAUUCUUCAUGAAGAAUUACAUUUUUCAGUUACCAUUGCAAGGUAAAACAAACUGUAAGUACUAUUUUCAUUAUAGUUACCAUUUAUGUUCGUUUUUUGUUUAUGUGCUGUGUUUAGCAAGUCUUUCUCGUUACUUCUGUUUCUAUUGAUAAGGUUAUAUUAAAUCAAGAAAAAAAAUUAAAUUGUUUUUGUUAGAGUAAAAAACAAUCUGAAACUUGUUUGAUUGUUAUUAAAUCAUUACAAUAUCUCAUAUGCAGAUCAUUUCAUAGUCUAUUUUAUUAUUCGCAUUUAAUUUUAUUGGUGUUAAACAAUAUUGUUGAAUCUGUUUUUGUCAUUAUUUUUGAUUAAUUUGCACAAAUAAAAUUUCUGGGUGAUAUGUUGAUAAUUUUUUUUAUGUCUAAAAUAUCCAUUUCUCUUUAUAUCUAUUUCUUUAUACAUAGACAACAUAAUAAUAUAUUGGUGAUCAUGCAUUCAAUGUUCACAUUCCUAUGUAAUUUUUUUGGCGUGUAAAUAUGGUUUGCUUACUUCACACAAAUGUUACUUUUGUCAUCAGCAAUUGGGAAAGGUGUAGAACCUGAAACUGUAAGCUUAUGAAUGUGGAUUUCUACUGUGCAAUAAAAAUUAUUAUGAAAAGUC